AUGUUGCAUGCUAUUUACAACUGGACUCCUGCUCAUAUUGCUCGUCGGCAGCAUUACCUAAACAUUUUCGAAGUUCUUCGUCAGGUGACUACGAUUGUGGAGUCCUGGGAAACAGAAGAAGAACUUAUCAUGCAUGAGCUAAUCAACAAUAAUGGAGCCUCUGUUGGAAACAGCACACCGUUAUUAAAGUCUUCUAAACCUCCGGAAUCGGACCAAACUUCAACAGGACUUUUAAUCGGUCCUAGAGGUGGAGGAAUAAAUAAUCGUUUGGAGAUUGAACGGCCAGAUACCAUGGGGGAACAUCCUAUUACUGAUACAGAAGAAGAAUGUGUCGAACCUGAAUUCGCCUUAGUUCCUGCCUCUCCAAAUUCUAUUACCCAUUGUCUUGAGCCGGGACACUUUGUUAAUUUGGCCUCAGAUAAUACCGAUCUUAUGCGUCUCGAUCCCGCAGCAACACUUGCAGGACUUAACUAUGCUACGAAGACUCUUGAAUCUCUAGGAUCACUCGAGCCAGGCCUCAUCAACACACUUGAAGAGCGAUAUGUUCGUGAAGGGACUUUGAAGCAAAUGCUUACGACAUCCAGACAGCCUUUAUGUGCCGAAUCUGUAUUUGUCUGUGCCGAAAAACUGCCUGAAGACCAAGCUGUCGUUGCUUUGGGUUUGGUAGCCGUCUCCAUAGAUGUAUAG